CGUUUUGUUCUUAGUAGCUAGAUCUCUCCAUUGUGUCUGUGCGGUAGAUUUACAGUUUGUUAUUAUAGUUGGAAGAGUGAACAAAGAAAAUUGCACAUCUAUGGUCAAUAAAAUAUAAUCAUCCUGGCUGUUCAUCUGUAAAGGAGAAAGGACAUGAGUGUCCAUAAAGAAGUUCUCAGACUUUAUAGGGGGAUUUUUCGUUUGUCCAGAACCUGGCAGUCAGCUACAGGAGACAUCAAGGAAACAGCUGCAGAAAAACAGUACAUAAAAGAUGAAGCAAGGGAACUAUUUAGGAAAAAUCAAAAUAUCACAGAUGAAAAUGAAAUACAAGUUCACAUAAAGGAAGCAGUUACAAGAAUAGAAAUGGCUCUGCAUUAUAGGACGCCAUAUCCAAGACAUGUCAAUUUUCCCCAGCAUGUGUUGGCACCAUUGAGCUCAAAAUUGAAGAAAGCUCAAAAGAGACAGAUUAAAGAAUCUAUACCACUUUACUGGAAAUCUUAUGAAGAUUCAACAAAGUGAUAAUUUCUGAAGAUCUUAAUUAUGAUGUUCCAACAAAGUGAUACUAGUAAUUUCUAGUGUGAUAUUUUUGACUUUGGUAAAUUCUCUAUGUACAUAUUAGUUUGGUAAGACAGCGCAAUAUAUUUGUGACAAAUAAUAUUAUAAUUCGUAAAUUUAUGCUGAAAUAAACCAAAUACACACACAAAAAUACUCCAUUUUUUCUAUUUUACAUUUUUUUUUUAUAUAUUUUAAAAGACAUUCUUGCAUUUUGGACAAAAAUAGUGUUCAAUCAUUAAUUAAACUGUUGCACUACACCCUACAACACCGUUUUAAUAAAUAAUUCAUUGAACUGGU